AUGGUUCCUCCUUUUUUAACACAGCCCCUUCAUGAUCCCCCUUCUGAACACAGCCCCAUCAUGGUUCCUCCUUUUUUAACACAGCCCCUUCAUGAUCCCCCUUCUGAACACAGCCCCAACAUGGUUCCCUCUUCUGAACACAGCCCCAUCAUGCCCAUCUGGUUUCCCCCUUCUGAACACAGCCCCAUCAUGGUUCCCCCUUCUGACACAGCCCCAUCAUGGGUUCCCCCUUCUCAAACAGCCCCAUCAUGGUUCCCCCUUCUGAAAACAGCCCCAUCAUGGUUCCCCCCUUCUGAACACAGCCCCAUCAUGGUCCCCCCUUCUGAACCAGCCCCAUCAUGGUCCCCGCCCCCCUUCUGA